AUGUUGAUCUCCUGGCUCCUGGUCGUGCUCGGUGGACCGUGUCUGCUGGGGCUCACUGCGGCACAAGUUCCUCCACAAUGCGGUGUAAUAUGCACAACCCAGGCUUUGCAGCAACCGGAGUACUUCGGUAAGACUCAGCCGGAACUUUGUGCGGACCCGGGAUUCGGCCAGCUUGUCAUCGGCUGUGUAAAGCAGGAUUGCACGGUGAUAGAAUCCUUAUCCACCGUCUUCUUCAUCGUACGGAUGGUGGUGAAGUUUUUGAGAUUUACGAAAAUCUUCCCCGAUGAAAAGUUCCGAAAGGUGGUCUGGACCACACUCUUCUUGACCCUGUUGGUGGGCGUUCUCUGCUUCAUACUUGGUCUGGUUCAGAGACAACCGACAUGGCUGAUUUGGGAAGGCUGGAAGGAUAAGGUGCCACGCGGUGUCGUUGUCGAUUUGAACAACCUGGGCUUGGGCCACGGUGGUGUGAAUGUCGUACUGGACGCGUGGAUGCUAGUCUUGCCGUUCACGCAGCUGUACAAUUUGAACCACCCGCUGCAUAAGAAGCUCGGUAUCUUCGCCAUGUUUGGUGUUGGAAUAUUCCUCACGAUUGUGGGCGCCAUCCGAGUCCACAACCUGUCAACGUUCGCGACAUCUGAGAACCUCACCAAUGAUGUGCUGGAAACCGUCAUCUGGUCUUGCAUAGAAGUCUGCGUGGGUAUCUCGGUGGCCUGCAUGCCACACGCGCGCCAGCUCUUCCGUGAGGCCUCGAGGAAGCUCAAGCGCGCUACUCGGCCCAACAAUUCAAUGGAGAGGCCUGGGAGACUGCACUGGAGGCCACCCCGUGCCUUCGGGGGCGAGUCGCUCGAGUCCGGGACUGCUGUCGGGUCUGCCGCCUCAGGCCCCGGCGACAAAAGCUGGAGCAGCUCUGUGCUGGGGCAGGAGGGUUACACGACCACGACGUGUACUAGUGACCGGCUGCCUUCGAGCUUCGCGAGUGAAGCAACCACGCGUGUUGGGUCGGUCGGGCAGGCACUGGACGGGGCUGCGGCCUCCCAGUUGAAACCAAAAGGACUGGGUGAGAAGAUGAACAACGAAUGGUGA